AUGCUGUGCCAAGAUCGCCCGUGGGUGGCGGCCUUGUUUAUGGGGGCCCUGCUUAUCAUCAUAUGGAGCACUCGAAUAAUCAGCGACUUCGACGGUGUGGCAGUGCUACUCUUCGCGCAGGACGGAACCGACACAAGUAAACACGAAAACGAGGCAGAGAGAGCGUUCGUCCGACAGGCGAUCGACACCGAAUUCCCUACACCAAUCGAUUACAGCCCCAUAAAGGAGAUAUGUGCUCGAAACCCGUCCAACUUCAGGCCGGGCCUGCUCUUCACCUGCGAGGGCCAGCACGGCGGCAUCGGCAUGCUACGCAACCAGAUCCUGAAAUGCGUGCGGUAUGCGAUCAACGGUGGUGGGGCGCUCGUCGUCCCUUCGAUAGCGCUGCGCAACCCGAGCGACCUGACGGAUAUUGAGACAACCAAUGAGGUGCCGCUGGACUACCUGCUGGAACGCGAGGUCUUCGUCAAGCACCUGUCGGAAGGAUGCCCUGGGAUGCGCAUCUACGACCGCGUAGAGGACUUCCCAGCCUACCAGCAGCGGGUGGAGGUGGACCUGAUAGGAGACCAGUUCGAGCCGAACCACCCACGCGAGGGGCUCGAGUUUCCCCGCGAGUGGCGGCGCUUCUUCGAUGAGUGGCUCGGGAAGCAGAAACUCGAUGUCAAACCCGACGCCCCCGUGCACGUCAAGCUCGGCCAGUCGUUCCUCGAGUACCCCGUCCACGACGACGGCGACGCCUUCGUCAACGAGUUCGGCAAGAUCCUGUCCUUCCGCAACGACACGCGCGCGAUGGCGGCCAAGGUCCUGUGGGAGCUCAAGCAGCGCUUUUCGCUGCCCAUCGACCCGUCCAAGGCGAUCAAUCCGGGCGCCUACUACGGCGCGCACCUGCGCCUCGAGGAGGACGCCAUCUGGGCAUGGCCGCCGGAGGAGUGGCGGUACUCGCGCAUGGAGGAGCAGUUCAGGGAACAGUUCGAGAACCUAGCGAGAACUGGCCUCCGCGUCGUUUACGUCGCGUCAGGAGACCAGAAGGUGGUCGACGUGUUCGCUGAGCGCUUGAAAGCGUCGAGCCUGGUGAAAGGAAAUGUGGCGGUAGUGACAAAAUACGACUUGCUUCGAGGAGCCGCCCGCAAGCAGCUCGAAAGCAUGACGUUCGAUCAGCAGGCCCUGGUGGACUUUCUAAUCAUGUUCAAGGCGAGCGCCUUCAUGGGCGUUGCCCACUCCAGCUUCCCGUGGAACGUGGCGCUGCGGAGGCACGAGAUGAGCAAAUACCCGGCUUACGGCAACGAGGGCUCCGAUCUGCUCAGAGACGAAUACAGCAUCAUUAUGGGGAUGCGAGCCGACUACCCGCACGUCGACCCGUUCGAGUACGGCAUAUGGCCAUAG